GGUGUGCUGUAAUCUGUCGUCUCUACGGGUUCCCAGGAUUCUGGAAGCUACAAAUACCCGACAUUUUUAAAGACAUCAAAUAACAAGACAAAGGAAUAUUUGAAAUUUGAUUUUGGCGUGCUAGCGUUCGUUGACGCUCGAUACACACGGCAUACCAGGGGUUGACACGGUGCUACACACGGCAGCGGGUUGACACGGUGCUACACACGGCAGCGGGUUGACCUGCACAACCGUUAACACUCAGGAUUAAAGUAUGACCAAUUGAACGAAAGGAACACUGAGUCCACAAUCCUAACUUGAUGAAAAACAUCGCUAAUUGUGUUGGGCACCAAAUUUCUCUCAAUCAAAUCUUAGUGGAGCAAGCUCUUGAGUCCAGUGGUCAGAUUGGUGUCAAUCAAAUGAUGCUGCUACAUAAUGUAACCUAAACCCUAACCCUAACAGCUUAAACUCUGAGUGACGUCAUUGCCUCCCUCUCCUAUGGAUGACGUGUGUUUAGUACCUGAGAUAUGCUGGAUGUCAUGGGGAACGGAUUGUGGAUAACUCUUGGACCCGCCCAUCAUUUCCUGGUCCUUAUUUUGGUUAUGUUGGUUCCAUGCGAGUGUACAACAGAAUCGAUGUUUCGUAUAACACCCCCACCUUACUACGUGGUUUUUUCUGGUGACCUUGACUUUAGUUACACCAUUCCAGGAAACGUGUCCUUGCCGCAUGCCUUCAUCAGACUAGAAUACCAAGGAAAGAUAUCAGAUGAUCCUUUGAUCAUCACCACACUAGGCCUGAGACUGGGCAAGAAAUCAGAGACUCUAAAAGUCGCCUGUGGCGUCAUUGAAUUCGCCGGCAACUACACGCUAAAGAUGUACACACGAGUUCGUGGCGAAGUCCUUGUUUCAGCUAAUCUGGAGGUCAGAUGGCCGGAGGUCGCCAUGUCCCUACCUGAUGCACACGAAGCCCAGACCCUGGGUGUGGAGCUGAGGAUCAUCUCAAAGGCGAAUUGCACGUCACUGCUACAGAGGAACCACUGGCUCCUGCAGCUUUACUUUCAGCGUAACGACAUAGGCGGAUCUCUGUUGGUUCUAUCAGAGGCAGAACUGGUCUCUACCUCCAACUUUACAGAUGUAAACAAACUCUACUCCACCUCCGUCUUCGGAUGUCACUUAUUCGAUCUAGACGGAUCUUAUCAAGCGGUCCUGGUGUCAUCUCAAGUUGGGAGCCCUGUCAUAGCUGUCAGCAACGUCAUGGUGGUCAGCUGGAGCAUGGCCUACAUGCUGACCAGCACGUCACAGAGUGUCUUCCCUUGUGAGAACUCUGUCCACCUUCUCUAUACACAUCCUCCCUGCUCGGGCACCGAUAAAAUACGACUCUAUCGCUUCAAGCAGAUUCUUGAUAGCAGUAUCGCCUCCCCUUUAGAGAGAAUUUACAUCACGGAGUUGCCUGCCCAGCCGGAUCUGGUGAGAAUGUCGUUUGAUUGUCGCCUCUUCAACCAGUCCUCCACUGGCUUUUGUUUUAUCUACGUCAGUGUCACAAGGCACAAGGUUGUUACAGAACAAAAACAGCUCUGUCUCCCUGCCUUCAAACACUCAGUAUUUCCAACAGACGGAGGCUGGAGUAUGUGGACGUCAUGGACGGCUUGCUCUGUUACAUGCGGCACCGGCAGAAAAAGCCGUUUCCGGAUAUGCAAUGAGCCAACACCCAAACAUGGCGGACGAUUUUGUUCCGGAGAUCCGGUGGAGUGGAGGCCAUGCGAGCUGCAUUGUCCAGAGGCCAUACCACGGACACCCCUUCAUUCUCCUAACCUUGACCCAAAUUGCGCUUGUGGCUGCAAGAAAAGGGAAGUACAAGGUCAAAUUAUCGGCACUGGUCGUUGCCAUGGCAGCUCCAUAUGGACGCUGGAGGCUGCGACUGGGCAGGUGAUUGUCUUGGAAUUUGAUUACUUCAGUCUAAAUCUGACACUGCAAUGGGUCAAGGUACGAGACGGAGCCACGGACUCCGAUACCCUACUCUUCUCAUCCGCUAGCUCCGCCUACCCUGUUGAGAUCACAAGUUCCGGUCCGUCAAUGAGGGUUGAGCUAAUGACCAACUACACAAGUAUGUCUACUGUAGCCACCUUCUCAAAGAACGCUACAUUACCAAUACACGCUCAUGGAUUCAUCGCUCACUAUCAAGUUAGAGCAGUAGCUGCGAGUAGUACAGCACGAGUUUUGUACCAGCACCAGCAGGAGACUAUGAUGGGGAGUCUGAUAACUCUGGUAGGUAUCGCCGUUUGUGGGCUCGUCAUCAUCGCUGCUAUUAUCUUUGUUCUUGUUCAACGAACGCUGCUCAAGCGACCGGUCAAGUACAGCAUGACCACAUCAACAGACAGCCCUCUCCGCCCUGAUAGCUCUCAACAGCAAGACUCCAGCGGCGUGAGCAACAGCAGUCCAGGGAAGGUGGUCCACGUUGACCAGUCGAUCCCGCUGACCAAGGCUAAUAACCCGUCUCGAGGAAAUGGCCGGUCGUCUGCAGCGUCGAGUGCAUCAAGUCGAAAGUGCAAGUCGAGCCCUACAGCCAGAGAUACUUUGAUUAGUGCGUACGGCAUCGAGAUAGUUGACACGGACCUGUUAGAUGGUGUAAGUCCACUGAGAAAACAGUCCUUACAUUCAACCAUUGCCCGCCUAUCUCCCGGUUCACCAAUAACUAAACUAGACAUGCUGAACAAGAAAAGAAAUGGCAAAAAAGGUAAAGGUGUCAGCACCAACCUUGAGGUCACACGAGAGGUCACGGGAUCAUCGGGCUCCCAGCACUCCGCCUCUACAACAAAAGCCGAGGUCAGCUGGCCCCAAGGUAGCUUCAUAAACCACCCAGUGAAAGCCGACAAAAGCAAUAAACGAUCCGCCCCGCGGCCUCCAUCAGAGGAGAUUCCUCUUCUAGACUCCAUGACCUCAAGUCUUGAGUCUCCCUCUCACUUUCACAACAUGGUAAAAAGUGAUUCAACAGAAUCAGCGACAACGUCUUUCAUGCACCCAAAGCCCGCCCGCAGGCCGACAUCACUAACUAAUUGUUAUUCAAAUGACACUCUGAAAAAAUCAAACACAAAACAACUUUCUUUAACACCUACAAGCGACGCAGCUGAGAUUUCUGUGACUGACUUAACACCCAAACCUGUGCAAUACACCACACGCGACGAUCCUCAAACUUUGGAGCAACAGACCUUCACAGCCCCACCUCCACCCUUAGUAUUACCUCAGCUUUCAUCUAAACGAAGGAGACCAGUUAGGUCAUCACCAUCGCAACAUUCAUUGGCAAGCAAUAAAAGUGCUAACAACAAUUGUGCCAAUAACAACAGUGCCAACACUAAUAGUGUAAACAAUAAAGCCAAGAGAUCAGCUUUCGAGGAAAGACAAAGCCUUCUACCCAAGCCAGACGGUCAAAGCCCUAAGCUUGAAAGACGCGACACACCCUUGAUAGCAGUGACAAAAGCAGACAGUAACAGAGAGCUUUCCAGCCCAGGUAAAGCCAGUAAAACGAGCAGCAAAAAUAUCUCUUCGCCUACUCGAAGUAUAACUACGCCAUCGGAGAUCGAUGGCCUUGAACUUGAGUAUGACGAUUUUAUCGAAGACGAUCCUCUCUCUUAUUUCGAUUAUGAGCAGACUCAGAAACUUGCUUUCAGGGGCGUAGAAAAGAUCGGCAAGACACCAGUAGAGGAGGAAGAUGAGGAUGAAGUUUAAAAAAGGUUUAAUCCUAUUCGUUUUCUUUAGUUGUUUUUGACAAGCCCUAGCACCCUUACCAUCUCAGUUGUUUUGUUUUGACUCUGCUUAGUUUAAUCUCAAAUGGAACAUACACAUUGUCGAUCUUUUCAUCAAAUUCUCCAUUUGUAAGGUGAUCUUUGUAAUAUAUAUAUGUGUAUAUUAUAUAUGUAAUAUAUAUGUAUACAU